AUGUCGACAGCAGAACUGCCAUUGAAGCCUUCCUCCGCGGAUUGCAUACAGACUUGGACCUCAAAGAGGAUCGCAAAGUCGACAAUAGAUAAUGCAGAUGUCCCUGAAGAAAUCAGAGACCCCUUGGAAAAGAAGCUGGAGGCAAUGUCAAUUACCUUCGAUGAUGACGACGUCAACAACAUUAAUAGAGAGCAUGAGGACUCUUUGGUAAUUUCUUUGGUCGUUGGGAAUUGUCUGCUUCGAAGGGUACAGGUCGAUGGAGGAAGCUCCGCAAAUGUCCUGUUCAAAAGAGCCAUGGGAGACAUGGGGCUGAAAGAUAGCGACAUCACAAGAAGGUCAACGACUCUAGUCGGUUUCAGUGGAGAAAGCAUGUCAACUCUCGGAGACAUAACCCUUCCAACCUAUGCAGGAAGCCUAAACCCUCAAACCAAAUUCAACAUCGUCGACUGCCCAUCAGCCUAUAAUGCCAUAUUAGGACAACCCUGGAUCCACCGAUUGAAAGCCAUCCCUUCUACCUACUACCAAUCAAUCAAAUUUCCCACCCCAUGGGGAGUCCAAGAAAUUAAAGGAGAACCUCGUGAAGCCAAACACUGCUACAAAACAACCCUUAAACCAACCAUGAGAACCGCAUAG